GACUCUCAACCACUGCGCCACCAGGGAAGCCCAUGUAUAUAAUAUUUAUUUUCAAUGGGGAGCAUGUCGGUGGAGCUCCUCAUGCUGUCAUACCAGAAGUGGAAUUCCCUGAUCAAUUCUUUACAGUUCUAACCAUGGACCAUGAAUUGGUGACAUUCAGGGAUGUGGUCAUCAGCUUCUCUCAGGAGGAAUGGGAGUAUCUGGAUUCUGCUCAGAGGGACUUGUACUGGGAUGUGAUGAUGGAAAAUUACAGCAACUUGGUCUCACUGGACUUGGAAUCCAAGUGUGACAAAAAGACUUUAUCUACAGAGAAGGACAUUAUUGAAAAAAAUGAUUCUCAGUGGGAAGUAAUAGAAAGUAGUAAAUUAGUUGGCCUUGAGAACUCCAUUGUCAGAAAUGAUUGGCAAAGCAAAAGGAAGACUGAAGUGCAAAGACCUGAAGUGGGAUAUUUCAGUCAAAUGAAAAUCAUCUCUGAAAAAGUACCCAAUUACAAAAAUCAUAAAUCUCUUACAUUACAUCAGAGAAUUCAUGAUAGUGAGAAGCCCUGUAAGGAAUAUGGGAAGGUCCUUAGUUGUGACUUAAACUUUGAUGAAUAUGAGAAAAUAUAUACUGAGAAAACCUCUGAACAUAGUAGAUAUUGGAAAACCUUUGGAGUAGAUGACCCACAUACCCUACAACUGAAUAUUCAUACUGGUGUGAAACCUUGUAAAUGUAUGGAAUGUGGGAAUGCAUUUAGUUUUUGUGAAGACCAUAGUGUACACUGUGAUGAUCAGAACUGCUAUAAAUGUAAGCAAUAUGGAAGGACUUUUAGGAGAAUUGAAAAAAUCACUGCACUUCAAAGAAUUCAUGAUGGUGAGAAACCCUAUGAAUGCACUUCCUGUAGGAAAUCGUUUAGAGUGCAUGCACAACUUACUAGACAUCAGAAAAUCCAUACUGAUGAGAAACCUUACAAAUGUAUGGAAUGUGGCAAGGACUUUAGAUUUCAUUCACAACUAACUGAACAUCAGAGAAUUCAUACUGGUGAGAAGCCAUACAAAUGUAUACAAUGUGAGAAGGUCUUUAGAAUUCGUUCACAGCUUAUUGAACAUCAGAGAAUUCAUACUGGUGAGAAACCUUAUGCAUGUAAAGAAUGUGGGAAGACUUUUGGAGUCUGUCGAGAACUUGCUCGACAUCAGAGAAUUCAUAGUGGUAAGAAACCCUAUGAAUGCAAAGCAUGUGGAAAGGUCUUUAGAAACAGUUCAUCCCUGACUAGACAUCAGAGAAUUCAUACUGGUGAGAAACCAUAUAAAUGUAAGGAAUGUGGGAAAGCUUUUGGAGUAGGUAGUGAACUUACUCGACAUCAGAGAAUUCACAGUGGUCAGAAACCUUAUGAAUGUAAAGUGUGUGGAAAGUUCUUUAGACUUACUUCAGCCCUUAUUCAACAUCAGAGAAUUCAUAGUGGUGAGAAACCUUAUGAAUGUAAGGUAUGUAGGAAGGCCUUUAGACACAGUUCAGCCCUUACUGAACAUCAGAGAAUUCAUACUGGAGAGAAACCUUACGAAUGCAAGGCAUGUGGGAAGGCCUUUAGACAUAGUUCAUCCUUUACAAAACAUCAGAGAAUUCAUAAUAGUAAGAAACCCUAUGAAUGUAAGGAAUGUGGGAAUGCCUUUAGAGUGGGCAGGCAACUUACUUGACAUUGAACAAGUUGUACUGGUGAGAAGCCAGGAGACCUCUGGGAAUGCUCACCAGCCUGGAGAGCAAGGCUACAAGUGACACCUGCUCAAAGAAUUACUAUUGGAGAGAAACCAUAUGAAUUUACUGAAUGUGGAAAAGCUUUCAUCCAUGUCACAUAUCUCCUUCAGCAUGAUCAAAUUCAUGCUGGAGAGAAACCUUAUGAAUGUAAUGACUGUGGAAAAACAUUUAACCUGAAGCAAAACCUCAUAGAGCAUAAGAAAAUGCAUACUGGAGAGAAAUCACAUGAAUGUAAUGAAUGUGGUAAAGAAUUCUCUCGAGUCUCAUCCCUUACUCUACAUUUGAGAAGUCAUACAGGAAAGAAACCAUAUAAAUGUAAUAAAUGUGGAAAAGCCUUCAGCCAGAAGGGAAACUUGCUUACUCAUCAAAAACAUCAUACUGGAGAGAAAACUUAUGAAUGUGGGAAAGCUUCUAUUCAGAUGCCAAGCCUUAUUAAACACCAGAGAAAUCAUAUUGGAAACAAACCCUAUGUAUGUAAGGAGUGUGGCAAAGCCUUCAAUGGAAAAUCAUAUCUCUCUGAGCAUGAGAAAAUUCAUACAGGAGAGAAACCAUUUGAAUGUAAUCAAUGUGGAAGAGCCUUCAGCCAGAAGCAAUACCUCGUUAAACAUCAGAAUAUCCAUAGUGGAAAGAAACCCUUUAAAUGUAAUGAGUGUGGAAAAGCCUUUAGCCAGAAGGAAAACCUCAUUAUCCAUCAAAGAAUUCAUACUGGCGAGAAACCUUAUGAAUGUAAAGGGUGUGGGAAAGCUUUCAUUCAGAAGUCAAGCCUCAUUAGACACCAGAGAAGUCAUACAGGAGAGAAACCUUAUAUAUGUAAGGAAUGUGGAAAAGCCUUCAGUGGGAAAUCAAACCUCACUGAGCAUGAGAAAAUUCAUAUUGGAGAGAAACCCUAUAAAUGUAAUGAAUGUGGAACAAUCUUUAGGCAGAAGCAGUACCUCAUUAAACAUCACAAUAUUCAUACAGGAGAGAAACCCUAUGAAUGUAAUAAAUGUGGAAAAGCCUUCUCUCGAAUCACAUCUCUCAUUGUACAUGUGAGAAUUCAUACAGGUGAUAAGCCUUAUGAAUGUAAAAUAUGCGGGAAAGCCUUCUGUCAAAGCUCAUCUCUUACUGUGCAUAUGAGAAGCCAUACAGGUGAGAAGCCCUAUGGUUGUAAUGAAUGUGGGAAAGCCUUCUCUCAGUUCUCAACUCUUGCUCUGCAUAUGAGAAUCCACACUGGAGAAAAACCUUAUCAGUGUAAUGAAUGUGGAAAAGCUUUUAGCCAGAAGUCACAUCAUAUUAGACACCAGAGAAUUCAUACUCAUUAAAACUCUAUGAAUGCCUUGAAUUUGGGAACACCUUCAAGAGAAUUCGUAUUAAACAGUAUAUCAGAAAAUUCAUUUUACAGUAAAGUCACAUGAAUGUGGAAAAUCCUUCAGCAACAGCUCAAAAUGUAAUAUACUGAGAAUUUAAUAACUAUCACAGUAUCAUGAAAACCUACACCCCAAGACCCCCACAACAAACAUUGUUCCUGCUGUACUUUUAGGAGCAUUCUCAUUAAAGUAAGGAUCCAGUCAUGGACACUAAUCAACAUGGUUCUGGAAGGCCUACUUGAUGCAUUCAGACAAAGAUAUGCGAGAUGGGUUGCCAGUUAUACAAGCACAAUUUGUUAAAAUAAUCCAGCAGCCAGUUUAUCAGCAAGUCACACAGCUCUGACACCUGCAUGUCCACCAGAAGCAAUCACAGAUUUGAACUAGCAAUCAAAAAGAGAGAGGGAGAACAGAAUAAGCUUUAACCUGACAUUAAGUUUAUUAUUAGAUUUGUCCUGACAAAAAAAUGUCUUCACAGCAUGUUCAUCGACAGUCCUGCAACUAUCCAAGCAAG